CACUGUUUAAGUGUGGACAUAUUUCUUUGUGUUAGAUAAAUAUAUAUAUAUAUAAACGAGACCAUGUCUCCUCCGUAUGACUGGCAGGCGACCAAAUGCCUAUCGGAGUGCAACAAGCACAUGUUAGCCAAUCAAAUUGCCUGUGAUGUUGGAUUUCUAGUUGGGGACGAACAAGAACUUGUUAUGGCACAUAAGUAUGUGAUGAUAAGCCGAAGUUGCGUAUUUUAUGCCAUGCUUCACGGACUAAUGGCUGAAAAUGCAGAUGAAUACAUAUCUAUUCCAGACAUAGACAAGGAGACAUUUAAACAAAUGUUAGAGUUUAUUUAUAGCGAUGAUGUAAAGAUCGACACAAAGACAGCGGCUUCACUGUUAUAUGCAGCAAGGAAGUACGGCUUGAAUGGGUUAGAGGAUAAGUGUACAAGAGCACUUGAGCAUGGUAUCCUUGGUGACAAUGUUUGUUUUAUUUUAGACCAAGCUUACAAAUUUGACAAUGACGAACUAAAAAAGAAAUGCCUGGAUUUCAUUUUUCACCAACCAAAGAUAGUCCUGAAAUCAUCAAGCUUCUGUGAUCUUGCACAUCAAUGCGUGUAUGAAAUCAUUAGUUCGAACGAACUGGAUGCUGAGGAAGAUGCAAUAUUCGAAGCGGUAAUGCGGUGGUCUGAAAUCGAAUGCUUACGUCAGGAAAUGUUGAAUUCAUCUAAGAACCAAAGAAAAGUUCUUGGAAGAAUACUGUAUCAAGUUCGGUUCCCACUUAUGAACGAAGCGUUUUUCAAUAAAACAGUUAUACAUUCAGACUUAUUAACAAGAGAUGAAAUAAUACAUCUUCGAAAUUUCUUUACAGGAAAGGAAAUACAUUCAAAACAUUUCAUGACCACAAAACGAGUAACAGGCGAAAACUUAGUUCUUCACUGGCGUUUUGGACCAGUCAGUUGCAUACACAACGAAGAAACUGCAAUAUCGUUUUCAUCGUCCAUUGAAAUAUUAGUUGAAGGUGUUCGCGUAGACUGCAGUAUAUUUGAAGAUGAAUUUUACGACGCAGAUCUCGCAUUAUUUGAUGUAAACAAUAAAGAAAUGGCAAGAACUAAAAGAAGAAUUGAUGUCCGCAACAAAUCGUCAUUAAUUAACGUUACGUUUCACGCUGCUCCUAAAAUUGACAAGGGUUACAAGCAUACUAUCAUUUUGAAAGUUCAGGGGUCACAUGGUUACUAUGGAGCAAGCGGAAGAUCAAAUUUGCAAUUACAUGGUUCCGUUCCUACGUGUGUUAAUCCUGAAGGUGACUUUACAAAGGUAAUUAUGCGUAAAGAUCAAGUGCCAGCAAUUCUCGUGAAACCUGUCAUACGCAGCUGAAGUGGUAUGGCUUUCAUUGAGACAGCGAGGCAAUAAUCUCACAAAUUUUAUGACCAAUUAUAAAUCUGAGAGGGAUAAAGAGUGUUAAAUUGUAAAACGUUCCAUUGUACGCAAUAUGGAGAUGCUAAUGGGGGUCAACUGUGCACCCCUAUUCCCUGAAGAGGAACAGAAAGAAGAUGCCAACGGCACAACAAGAGCGAGAGAUUGAUAGAGAGAAACAACAAAGCAUUUAAUAUUUAAAAAGGAAAUCAUUAUUUCAACUACAAAUAUUGAAAU